CCAACACCAUCGAAGCUUGUCUCUGCUAGUGGUCAAAGCUCUCUUGUCUCGCUGCAGCACUACCGGCUACCAACACCUCGUCGCCGCCGCCUACCACAAGAAAAUCUUUACAAGCGUAUCGAGUCAGACUAAUCAUGGAGUACCGGAGAGUUGAGAGCCACGAUGGCGCUGUCGUGCGAGUCCAGGAAUAUCGUCGCCAUGCCUCGUCGCCGGCCGGGGCUGCGUCAGACCACACCUCAGGCGGCAGGAAUUUCGCUGCCAAAACCGAAGGACCAUCCAUGAAGGCAGCCAAUCGGUCCAAAGAGCAACGAAAGAGGCCCCGCCAGGUCGUGGUCGAGGCAGACUACAGCGGCCGUCGAAGUGAUUCCAGCCAUCACGUGAUUGGAGAUCCGCCAAGGCUUAGCCGAUCACACGCCAAACCCGUCAUUCACCAAAACUCGCCUGACGCAGCCAAGAACGUGACCCAAACCCAACUUAACGUGAAGAACACGGGGUUCAUUCAGCCUGACGUCCCUUCACCGCCGCCGACCCCUAGGCUAGGAAGGCUACCGACACCAGACUUAUCUGACCUCGACGAGACGCCAUUUUGCGACUGCUGUGAGGAAUCCAGUCGAUUCAAGUACUGCACGUCUUGCGGAUGCGGGAUUGAGCGUCCCAUGUUGUGAUUUAUGUCGAUGUUCGGCUUUCUUUGAAGUGGUCUUCUGAUUUAAACGGUAUAUCUGAAAUUGUCGAGGCGCUUUGACGGAUCUCUUCUGUAUGGGACUCUCUGUUGUCUUCUUUGGUAGGCGUUGCAGGCGUUUGCAACUUG